AUGAAGCUGAAAGGGAGAGAACGUGCUCGGUGGAGAACACCCAGUGUGGUGGUGGGUGGUGGGUGGUGGUUUCCGGCGGAGCUUGAUCUCAGCCAGCUGCAGGCAGGCGUUGAACUCGGAGAGAGCUGCGCCCUGAUUGCUGCGGCUGGGACAAGGAUCCAGCUGGAUGGUCCCAUCAUGGCCCACAACCUCACCCUGCAUGGCGAUUUGCUGUUCUUUGCCACCAGAUCUUUCGGCAAGGCGUGUCUCCACUUGACGCAUACGCUGUCAGUGCUUGGCACGGUGGUGAUUGAGAACUGUGACAAUCUCGAGGAGAAGUGGCUCAAGCCUACAGGCCACAAGAACAUGCAAACAUAG